AACAGGCCGGUGGUCGUCGAGGGGGCUCUCGAGGCGCCUUGAAGUAGCCGCCCUCGUCGUAGGUGUCAGGGCCGAAGAUGGCCACCGCCCAGAGCUGGUUUCCAGGCCCCUGCCUUCCUGUCCAAAUCAGACAGAGUGCAUGAGCGUCUCUUGACUAUGUCCGACAUGUCCUCCCGUGACUCCUUCUACGACUCCCUGUCAGACGUGGCGGAAGAUGGCGAGAACGCAGACUUCUUGCCCGGCCUGUCGGCCUUCCUCAGCCAGGAGGAGAUAAACAAGAGUCUGGACCUGGCCCGCAGAGCCAUAGCCAACUCAGAGACAGAGGACUGCGACUCGGAAAGGGAGGACUCACAGAUUUUCAGCCCCUCUCCUGGGAGCCUCUGGGGGUCGCCUCCCUCUCAGGGGGCCAGGCCGGGUGAGCACCUGUCCCCAGGGACGCCUGGCGCACACAAGCCCACACCUGUCCCGCCGCUGCCAGCAGAACGAGCCGAGCGCAUCUCCUCGCCUGCGUCCAGGAGGAAGCCCGGCGUCUCGCCCCUGCUGGCCCGACCCAGCUACAUCCGGAGUCUCCGCAGGGCAGGGCAACACGGUGCCAAAGCCCCCAGCGCCAGUGCCAAGCCCAGAGCCACGCAUGGGGGCAGGGCCGGGCCCCAGAGCCCGCUGUGCAACAAGGCGGCCACCCUCAUCGAGGAGCUGACGGCCAUCUUCAGAGAAACCUCCAAGCCGAGAACCAGGAACCCCAACGGAGAGUCCUCAUCCCCGGACAGCGGGUACCUGUCCCCUAAGAACCAGCUGUCAGCUCCGAUGAGCGCCUCGGCCAGCCGGAGCCCAACCGGGGACCAGCAGGAGGUGGAAGCCGGGGCCGAGCCCCUGGAGCCCGGGCAUCACCCCGCGGCGGCCCGGGACGUGGUCCAGCCCAGCCGGAGCCCCUCUCCCCCGGCUGCCCGCCACCUGCUGGCCGCUCCCCGGUUCAUCCAGAAGCUGCGGAGCCAAGAGGUGGCAGAAGGAAGUCGGGUGUACCUCGAGUGCAGAGUCGCCGGGAACCCACCUCCUCGGGUCAGGUGCGACUCUUUGCUUGUGGAGAUGCUAUGA